AUGGUCGCCCAGCUAUGGCCACUGCAUUCUAGUGUAAAGGACAGACUCCACAAAGAAUAUGUCGACUUCUACAACAAGUAUCUCAUAAACAACCCUCGCGUCCAUCAGUUAUCACUCUCAGCUGCUAGAAGUGGAGGUGUCGUUUGCUACAGCAAACCCCUCCCCGUUGGAAAAACCCAAGAAUUCACCAUCCGGCGACGCCAAACCUUUGGACCUGAUAUCAGGAUUCGAACUUUCACCCCACCAGGAACCCCGCCUAGGCCAGGAGGUUGGCCACUCGUUGUCUACCAUCAUGGCGGAGGUUGGGUAUGCGGGGACAUCACUUCCGAGAAUACCAUCUGCACCAACAUGUGUAUUCGUGCAAAUGCUGUUGUGAUGACAACUGACUACAGACUUGCGCCAGAACAUGCUUGGCCCGCUGCGAUCCACGAUUCCUGGGAGUCAUUUCUAUGGGCCACGUCGGAUGGAGCUGAAAUUCUCAACCUGGAUCUCGACAGAAUUGCGUUCAGUGGUGCGUCGGCAGGUUCUAACAUCGCUGCCGUGAUAGCACAGAAAGUGGUGCUGAACCCUCAGCCGGGUGUGACAAUUCGUUCACAGGUCCUUGCCGUACCAAUCACGGAUAACACUGCGACACCAACAACAAAUCCAACAUGGAAGGAUUUGGAAUUCACCGCAGGUUUGCCUUCGAGGAAGAUGUUGUGGUACCGUGAUCAUUAUUUGCCCGACAAGGUGGACUGUUCACAUAGGGAGGCGUCUCCCCUUCUCGCCUCGGACGAAUUGUUUGCGUCCCUUCCGCCCGCCGUCAUCAUUGUGGCCGAAUUAGAUGUCCUGAGAAGCGAUGGUGAAAACUAUGUCAGAAAAUUGAGGGACAAUGGGGUUGAAGCGGAUUUGCAUGUUAUACAAGGUGUGCCCCAUCCAUUUAUUGGCAUGGAUGGGGUACUGGAAGCAGGGAGACGAGGUAUCACCAUCAUGUGUGAUUCACUGGUCAAGGCAUUUGCAUAA